GGCCCUUCGGCCGGUGACUGCGCUCUGGGCGGGGAGCGGGAUCCUCCCGCCUCCCCCCUCCCUCCGCAGUGGGAGCUCCCGCGCAUCCCGGAAGAGGAGAGCGGCCACUUCCGCCUCCCGGGAGCGGAGCGGAACCGAGCGGAGCGGAGCUGCCACCAUGACCGCCACGCUGCGCCCGUACCUGAACGCGGUGCGUGCCACGCUGCAGGCCGCGCUGUGCCUGGAGAACUUCUCCUCGCAGGUGGUGGAGCGCCACAACAAGCCCGAGGUGGAGGUCAGGAGCAGCAAGGAGCUCCUGCUGCAGCCCGUCAUCAUCAGCAGGAACGAGAAGGAGAAGGUGCUCAUCGAGGGCUCCAUCAACUCCGUGCGCGUCAGCAUCGCCGUCAAGCAGGCCGACGAAAUCGAGAAGAUUUUGUGCCACAAGUUCAUGCGCUUCAUGAUGAUGAGGGCCGAGAACUUCUUCAUCCUGCGCAGGAAGCCCGUGGAGGGCUACGACAUCAGCUUCCUGAUCACCAACUUCCACACGGAGCAGAUGUACAAGCACAAGCUGGUGGACUUCGUGAUCCACUUCAUGGAGGAGAUCGACAAGGAGAUCAGCGAGAUGAAGCUCUCCGUCAACGCCAGGGCCCGCAUCGUGGCGGAGGAGUUCCUCAAAAACUUCUAGGCCGUGCCGCCGACUCCGUGGCUUCCCGGCGCCUGUGCAGAGCCCCGCGGCCGGGGCCGCCCGUUCCGGCGGAGGAGAGCCGAGCCCCGCGGCCCCGAUCCGGGGGGGGGCACUGGCUGCGUCCCCCCCCCCCCUGCUCCUCGCUGGCCGGGGCGGUGCCGCGGCGGGGGCCGACCCGGGCUUGUGCGUGCGUGGGGCCGGGCGGCCCCGCUCCCCCUGUCCUGUCGCGUUGUGUUUUUUAAAGGGUCACUUGCUGUA